UUAAACGAUAAAACAAACAAGUGAAACUGUUUUUUGUUUUUCUUUUUCCUUCUUUCUCUCUUUUGGUUCCUUUUAUUUGUGGGUUUGUCUUGAUUUGUAUGCGAUCGCUUUCUCUUUAAAUUAUGUUCUUGAUCUUUAAUAUCAAAUUUGUAUUAUUAUCUGCUGUUCUUGAUUUUACAUGCAUUAUUUCAGUUUGCCUUCUUCUUGUAUGUUCUCUUUGUUUUUUGCCUUUCUUGUUCUUUAAAUAGAUUUUAGUUGGUGAUUCCUGCACGAUUCUUGAUCAUUAUCCACUCUUAUAAAACCUUGUAGGACAAGUUAAUGUAAUACAAGAUAGUUAAACGUCUGGAGUUUUAUUUUUCUUGAUUGCGUUUGCUUAAUUCUCCAGUACUCUUAGGAUGGGCACAGUUAAUAACUGGUGCAUGAUUACUGGUUUAUCUGUGUAGAUAUCUUACAGAAUAAUUGUUAAAUUACGUCAUACCAGAUUAUCUUUUGUGAGUUCAUGGAGGGUACUUUCUGCUUUUGGCUCAUAAUGCUUUGAGUCUAGAUUAAUGCCGCAAUAGAGGACUGGAUGUGGCAAUGGUGAGUAUAAGAAGACGCAAACUUAAAGGACGAUGCAAUGGAAGAAAUUCCUCCUUGGUUUCACUUCUUAGCAUUCCAAAUGGCAAUGUUUUUGAUAAUCCUGGACAGAGUCGCAGGCCUUCCAGUGUACAUUAUGUUCCUUCAGUUCCUCUCAACCAACCAGUUGAAGUCAAGGAAAGAACGGACACGAUAGCAAGUCGACCUGCUAAGAGACAGAAAAUACAUGCUCAAAUAGAUCCACCUGUUAAGAGACAGAAGAUUCAUGCCCAAAUAGAUCCAGAGAAUCCCAUGGAAGUGCAUGCCUAUUUGAUGAAGCUGAAGGAAGAUAAGAAAUUGGAGCUAGUACCAUCACAAAGAAGUGAAGAGAUGUCAGUGAAAGAAUGGAUGGAAAAAUGUUUUCCCUAUAUUUUCAGAGUGUUUCCACAAAGUCCGAAGGUGUUCUUGCAGUUUUCUGAUGAAUCAAAGCAAAAGGAAUUCUUGUAUUCCCACUACUGGCUUUUCCUCUUUGAGGUGAGGAAUAUAGUUUUAAUGGACUAUCGUGUCUCGCCAGACUAUGUAGAGUCAUUGGGUAAAGUUAUCAAAACUUUGGAGAUGCAAGGCUUUGAUUGUAGAUUCAUGAGGUCAGAAAUGCUAGUGGUAGGGUACAUGAUGAAAAAACGGCAAGAAAUUACGUUGGCAGAACGGAACAUGAUUGCCAAAAGAACUAUAAAUUUAGAGAAAGAACUGCAAGAUUUGACAAGAAAGAAGGGAAAUGAAGCAGAAUUCAGUAGCAGAGGAAAGGAAACUGAGGACAUAAAACUGGACAUUGAAAUGCUCCAGAAGCAAAUGGAUAAAAUGCAAGAAGACAAACAUAAAGGGGAAGGAGAGCCAAAUAAGCUUCCAUAUGCUUCAUUAGAAGAAGAGUAUGUUGAAGUAAUACUAGAUCGCCAUAAGAAGAUGCUAGCCUGCAAGGAAGAGGAAGGAAAAAGACUUGAUCAAGUUUUAGACAAAAUAAGCCAACUGCAUCAGAAUAAAUCAGCUUUAUCUAAGUUUUGAAUUCUUCAUAAUCGCAUGACAAAUUUUAUCUUCUGUUCUUUUUAAUCUCUUCUUUUUGGUUACAGUGUAGCAACUUCUUUAUUUUUCUUAUUUCUCUACUAAUGUUAUUAUAGCUGCCUUGUAAAGUUGCUUUUUCA